AUGUCGUCCGCCGAUGACGACCGUCAUUGGAAUGCAUUUCGUUCUCACAAAAGAGCCAGUCUGGAGAAACCAUCACUAACACCAUGGAUGAUCACGUCUCUCCAAACAACGAAGCUGAUGCUGUUCCUCGUAUGCAACACAUCUCUAACGCUCGGUGCAGCAAUUUCAAAAAUCUGGAUACUUAUACUUGCUACAAACCUCUGGGAAAAAAAGUAUAUAUCAGAUCCAUACGCCCGCAGGUGCAGCAAAGUUGCUGUAGAACGUACUCCACGUGCUGUAGCCGCUAUGUACUUAAGCCUUAUGUUAAUUCAAUGCGUUCCGGAUGUGCUAACCGUAUUCAGGUCCUUAAUGCGUUUCCAUAGCGGUGAUAGAGCUGGUAGAGUCAGAUUUGCAUUUGUCUUCCUUGAGUCUCUUCGCGCAUUGGGACUGUCGCUACUUAUCUUCACUGUUUUCCCACAGCUGGAUUUGUUUCGGUGUUUGUGUCUAUGUGCAUGUUUCCCCAUAAUCACAGCUAUACAACGACUCAUGUCCACAAUAUCUGGCACUUUCAAAUCUGGACGCUCAUUUGGGACAAGAAUGAUCUUAUCGAUGGCCACCCUGCCUCAUUUGCUACUGUUCCUAGCACUUUUUAGUGCUACCUACUUAUGGAAUGUGAUGGAAACACCGUUUCAGGGUGUGUGGGUCCUGCCAUUUGGUUUGUUUUCGAUUUCAAUUGGUUUUUGGGAAUCAUGGGUGGGUAAGAGACACUCGGGUACAAUAUUUCAUGAGCUAUAUCAGGUGAAAUACGGUCUAAGGAAGCUAAAUGUUUCCACGCGUCUCGUGAUAGCAGUUACAAGGAUUAUCAUUGUGAUCGCAAUUAUGGCCUAUGCGGCGCAAGGUCGAGUCAAACCGUAUUUGUUCUUCAAUGUUCUUACGUCGCACAGCUUCAGAUAUAAACAGACAAAGUUACUUCUCUUUGCGUUGGGAAUUGUUGUCUUGAAUUUGUCGUUACGUGGUUGCGCACGCUUUCUUGCCGCCAUUGGUAUGAAAGCAUUCUCCAUUCUUCAUCCCGUUACUAUUGUCCCGGCCGUUGGAUAUGCUAUCGUUGCAUUUAUCUGCAAUCAACGAGUCUGCGGUAUUUCUAUGUUCCUCGCGAAACUUGGUCUGAGAUGGUGCUGCGACCAGUGGGGAAGACAAACACGACCGUUCGACGAUUGGUACAUCUGCAUGAUCUGGCUAGCAAUGGGUGCAUACCGCGGGUAUCAGUUUGUGUGCCAAAAGUCGUAUGAUAAAUAUGAUGAAGUUGUCGACUCCAUGCCACCCGUUUCUAACGGAUUUUGUAUUGAACAAUCAUUAGUUGUGUUCCACAACUCGCUAAGCAAAGCGGAGCCUGCUUUGGAUAUAGAUGAUGACCAUGGCGAUCCAUCGGAUGAGUUACGUGUCCGGAAUGAUGAGGUGGACAGAACAUUAACUCUAUACAUGUGUGCAACGAUGUGGCACGAAACAGCAACGGAGAUGGCACAAAUGCUGCGAAGUAUACUUAAACUUGAUGAAGAACAUGCCCGUCGACUAAGUACGAAAAAAGUCGACCAACUACGGUUUCGUCUAGAAGGUCACAUCUUUUUCGAUGACGCUUGGGAAGAUCAGACUGAAUUUGGUAUAACUAAACGUGUCCCCAACUAUUUCUUCCACACAUUUUUUGACACGCUCAGUGAAUUAACUGGUGAAUUUGUUGAUGAAUCUGGAUCUACAAUGUCUCGAAUCUUGGUGAAUACUCCGUAUGGAGGCAGAAUGGUGGUAAGAUUACCGGCGGGUACGUUACUGUUCGUCCACAUGAAGGAUAAGAAGUUGAUCAGACAUAAAAAGAGGUGGAGCCAAGUUAUGUAUAUGUAUUAUCUGCUUGGACACCGUAUUAUGGACUCACCGUUGAGCAUCGAAGAUCGUCAGCAAAUGGCUGACAAUACCUUCAUCCUGGCCAUCGAUGGAGAUUCGAAAUUUGAGCCAGAGAUACGCGCCUUUUUUUUUUGA